AUGAAGCUACAUCUGAUAAUUUGUGUUUUUAUCUUUUAUGAAAAAGUUCAAAUUAGUCGUUUAUCAAAAGCAGAAAACUACUUUUUCGUUGUGCAGUCUGGUGUGACUCAAUCGAAUGCAUGCAUUUUGAAGGAGUUCCCAGUAGAUAACUAUACAGAUCCUAUGAUACACUGUGGCCUGUCUUGCAAUGCUCUCUCACAUUGUGUUGGAGUCGAUAUCAUAGGAGACGAAACAAAAAGCUGUCGCCUUUUGUAUGGAUUUACUGCUCUAAUACCAACAAAUGCGACAUCAGACGAAACGGUCAGGUAUCAGAAGUUCACUGGAAUAAAUAUUGGAACAGAUUCUUAUUGUUCAAUGCAAUUAACGAAUGGGCAAAUCGUAUCUACCAUAUGUAAUCAGGGAAAUCAUCAAUGGAUGCUCAUUCAAAGACGGGUGGAUGGAUCGGAAAUUUUUUUGAGAAACUGGGCUGACUACGAGAACGGUUUUGGAUCAAUAGAGUCAGAGUUCUGGUUAGGAAACAAGAACAUCCAUGAAUUAACAAAAGAUGGCUACACAUAUCUCAGAAUCGAAAUGAUGGACCAUGACUGUGUUUGGAAGUAUGCAGAGUAUUCGACCUUUAAUAUUGAAUCUGGCAGUUCCAAAUAUAAACUGCAUGUCAGUGGUUAUUCAGGGAAUGCAGAAGACUGUAUGAGGUACCAUGACGGAAUGUUUUUCAGUACGUUCGACAAUGACAACGAUAAUUCGUGGAAGGACUGUGGAUCAGGUUAUUGUGGAGCAUGGUGGUAUAACGCAUGUCUCGCAUCAAAUCUAAACGGGGAGUAUGGGAACACAAAUUAUGGCCAAGGGAUCAUUUGGUAUUACUGGAAAGGUGCCUACUACUCAAUGAAAGAAGUCAGAAUGAUGGUUCGAAAACCCUAG